AUGUCUACUUCUCGUCUCCUCACUUCUUCAGCUCUACUGAACCCGCGAAACCGCGUUGCGCAACCACAACACGGACCUGGUAACAGCCCGUAUCCCCUCAAACAGUGCCACCGCAACCUCACACGUCUCCCCGCGUCGGCGCACAGCCGAAACAGACUUCAAGCGCGAGAGUACCGUCCUACCGGAAGUGUCACUGCCAGCCCGGAUUUGCUGGCACCCAACUUGCCGGUAACCUUGCCUAGCUCUGGUGCCGUGUCUCCACCCGUCGCACAGACCCUGACACCAUUCUGGACCCGUCCCCGGAACAGCAGCACUUGCUCCAGGACCCUAGAGCUAAAGACCCCUGGGACAGCCUCCCCCACGGCACUUAGCCUACCGCCACCAACGCCAACGCCGCCCCUCUCUUCUACGCCGCCGCCCUACUCUCGCCUCCCUGUCGUCAGCCGCUUCAACCUGCCAGUACUUUCUGGGCCCGCUGUAUUUCAGACCCAGCUUGAAUAUCUGUCUUCUCCUCCACUUCACAACACCCAACGUCUUUCCGGAUCAUCAACUCUUCACCUCCUGGACCGGCGUCAUUACUCAGUCAUGUCCACUUCACCUCAAGACACCCCCAUCAAGGGCUCACCCGCUGUUGAGCGGGUCACCGAUCAGCUGGAGAAGCCUUCUCUUGAUGAUCGUAGCUACCGGGUCAUCCGUCUCUCCAAUAAGCUUGAGGCUCUCUUGGUGCAUGAUCCGACGACGGACAAGGCCAGUGCUGCCUUGGAUGUAAAUGUUGGAAGCUUCAGUGAUGAAGAUGACAUGCCUGGCAUGGCCCAUGCUGUCGAGCAUCUCCUUUUCAUGGGUACCAAGAAGUAUCCGGUCGAGAAUGACUACAGCCAGUAUUUGUCGACAAAUUCUGGUAGCUCUAACGCCUUCACUGCAGCAACUCAUACCAACUAUUAUUUCGAGGUGUCCGCCAAACCCAGCAAUGAUGAUGAGGAGCUCUCGGCCACCAACCCCUCGCCCCUUUACGGUGCUCUGGAUCGCUUUGCUCAGUUCUUCGUUGCGCCGCUCUUUUUAGCCAGCACCCUUGACCGGGAACUUCAGGCUGUGGACUCUGAAAACAAGAAGAACCUGCAGAACGAUACGUGGCGGCUUCACCAGUUGGACAAGUCCAACUCUAACCCCAAGCAUCCGUACUGCCAUUUCUCAACCGGAAACCUGGAAACGCUCAAGGCGCUUCCUGAAUCCAAGGGCGUCAAUGUUCGUGACAAGUUCAUCGAGUUUUACCAGAAGCAUUACUCGGCCAACCGCAUGAAACUUUGCGUGCUCGGAAGAGAAUCACUGGACGUUCUUGAAGGCUGGGUUGCCGAGUUGUUCUCAGACGUAGAGAACAAAGACCUACCACCUAAUGAGUGGAAGGAUGAAGCUCCUCUUACGCCGGAGCAACUCGGAGUAGUGACCUUUGCCAAACCCGUAAUGGAUUCACGAGAACUCAACAUCACCUUCCCCUUCCUAGACGAGCAUCUCUUGUUCGAGGAGCUUCCAAGUCGCUACCUUAGCCACUUGAUUGGCCAUGAGGGCCCGGGCAGCAUCAUGGCUUAUAUCAAGUCGAAGGGCUGGGCUAAUGGCCUUAGCGCUGGUGCAUGGGCCGUGUGCCCUGGCUCCCCUGGCAUGUUUGACAUUCAGAUCAAGUUGACUCAGGAGGGGCUCAAGAACUACCAGGAGGUUGCCAAGGUGGUGUUCCAAUACAUCUCCUUGCUCAGACAAGCAGGACCCCAGGAAUGGAUCCACGACGAGCAAAAGAUCAUGGGAGACAUUGACUUCAAGUUCAAGCAGAAGACUCAGGCUUCUAGUUUCGCGAGCAAGACAGCCGGAGUCAUGCAACGGCCACUGCCCAGGGAAUGGCUCUUGAGCGGAACUAACAAGCUGCGCAAGUAUGAUGCCAAUCUCAUCCGCAAGGGCCUAGAUUGCUUGCGACCUGACAAUUUCCGUAUGUCUAUCGUUUCGAGGGAGGUGCCUGGGACAUGGGAGCAUAAGGAGAAGUGGUACGGUACCGAGUAUUCCCUAUCCAAGAUUCCCAGCGAACUUAUGGAGGAGAUCAAGGAGGCUGCUGCCGUUUCUGAUCAGGAACGGAUUCCGGAGCUUCAUCUCCCGCAUAAGAACCAGUUCAUCCCUACAAAGCUGGAGGUUGAACGAAAGGACGUUAAGGAGCCGGCUCUUGCUCCACGGAUUGUACGCAACGACGACCUUGUCCGCACUUGGUAUAAGAAGGACGACACAUUUUGGGUGCCUAAGGCGAACCUGAUUGUCAGCUUGAAGAGCCCUUUGAUUCAUGCGUCUGCCGAAAACGUUGUCAAGGCCAGGCUCUUUACCGAUCACGUCAAGGAUGCCUUAGAAGAGUUUUCGUACGAUGCCGACCUUGCUGGCUUGUCUUACCUAGUAUCUCUCGACAGUCGUGGCUUGUUUGUUGAGGUAUCUGGGUACAAUGACAAGUUACCCCUCCUCCUGGAACGGGUUCUCAUCACGAUGCGGGAUCUUGAGGUCCGAGACGUCAGAUUUAAUAUCAUCAAGGAACGUCUGACCAGAGCUUACCGUAACUGGGAGCUUCAGGUUCCAUGGUAUCAGGUUGGCGGCUUCACGGAAUGGCUUACCGCGGAGCAUGACCACACGGUCGAGGAGCUUGCAGCUGAGCUACCACACAUCACCUCGGAUCAGGUCCGGCAGUUCCGGAAGGAACUUCUCGCUCAGCUGCACAUGGAGGUUUACAUUCAUGGAAACCUCUACAAGGAGGAUGCUCUGAAGCUGACGGAUAUGGUCGAAACUACCCUCAAGCCGAGGGUGUUGCCGCGUUCCCAGUGGCCGAUCCUGCGUUCGUUGGUGUUCCCGCCUGGGUCCAACUACGUCUGGAAGAAGACGCUCAAGGACCCUGCCAACGUGAACAACUGCAUUGAAUACUUCCUCUAUGUCGGCGACAAGAACGACUCUCUUGUCCGUGCCAAGACAUUGCUCUUGGCCCAGAUACUCCAAGAGCCUUGCUUCGAUCAACUCAGGACCAAGGAGCAACUCGGAUACGUGGUAUUCUCGGGAGUGCGUGCCACUUCCACCAGCUACGGAUUCCGAUUCCUUAUCCAGAGCGAGAAGACAGCGCCUUACUUGGAGACUAGGAUUGAGCUGUUCUUGGAGAAGAUGGCUAAGUGGAUCGAAGAGAUGGACCCCAGGCAAUUCGAGGCUCACAAGCGCAGCUUGAUCGCGAAGCGUCUUGAGAAGCCCAAGUUCUUGGACCAGGAGACCAACAAGCAAUGGAGCCAGAUCCAUAGCGAGUAUUACGAUUUCGAGAUCGCCCAUCGUGAUGCCGCCCACGUCAAGCCUCUUACCAACGAAGAGAUGGUUGAGUUCUUCAAGUAUUACAUUCACCCUUCGUCGCCUACCAGGGCCAAGCUCGCCAUCUACUUGGAAGCUCAGGCAAAGAGCGACGUGACCACUGCCCAGAUCACCGAACUCGUCAAGACUCUGGAACUUGAUGCCACUACCGCAGCCAAGACUGCCACUGAUCUCCAAGCGAGACUGAGCGCGGCAGACCAUGAUGAGGACAAGGAGAUUGCUGGUCUCAAGGAGUAUCUCAGCCAUCUCAGUGUUUCCGAGACCAAGAUUGACGUUGCCACCGAGACAUGGAAGAAGCUCCAUGCCGAGAAGGUCAGCGGCGUUGUCAAGGAUGCGGCGCCCCCGUCGUCAAACGGCACGAAGCCGAUCCUCAUUGAGGAUGUGCGUAGCUACAAGGCUGGACUGCCUGUCAGCGCUGCUGCCCGGCCGGUGAAGGAUCUAAGCGAGUAUGAAGAGUUGGACUCCAAGCUUUAA